AUGUUCUCCAAGGCAUUGAGACCGACUUGGGCAUUGCCUUUGAGACGCAAUGUCAUUGCUCCAUUGACCCGGCGGACCGUCACCACCGACGCCGCCUCCGCCUCCCUCGAAAAGGGUCUGCCAGAGGGCGAGGACAAGCCCUUUGAGGUCACGCUCUCUGAUGAGAGCUUCGAGACCUACGAGCUCGACCCUCCCCCUUACACCAUCACCACUACCAAGCAGGAGCUGAAGAAGAUCUACUAUGACAUGGUGGCGACUCGACGCAUGGAGUUGGCGGCCGACCGGUUGUACAAGGAGAAGAAAAUCCGUGGUUUCUGCCACUUGUCCGUCGGCCAGGAGGCCGUGUCGACUGGUAUCGAGCAUGCUAUCACCAAGGAGGAUUCCGUUAUCACUGCCUACCGUUGCCACGGUUUCGCCAUGAUGCGUGGUGCUUCUGUCAAGAGCAUUAUCGGUGAGCUUCUCGGCCGGAGAGGCGGUGUUGCCUACGGCAAGGGUGGCUCUAUGCACAUGUUCACCCCCGGUUUCUAUGGUGGUAACGGUAUCGUCGGCGCCCAGGUCCCUGUUGGUGCUGGUCUCGCCUUUGCCAACCAGUACAAUGGCAACCAGAACACUACCAUUGCCCUGUACGGUGAUGGUGCCGCCAACCAAGGUCAGGUCUUUGAGGCCUUCAACAUGGCCGCUCUCUGGAAGCUCCCCGUCCUUUUCGGUUGCGAGAACAACAAGUACGGUAUGGGUACUGCCGCCAACCGUGCUUCCGCUCUUACCGAGUACUACAAGCGUGGCCAGUACAUUCCUGGUCUUAAGAUCAACGGCAUGGAUGUCCUCGCUGUCAAGGCUGCUGUUCAGUACGGCCGAGAGUAUACCGCUGCUGGCAAGGGCCCUCUGGUCCUUGAGUACGUUACCUACCGUUACGGAGGUCACUCCAUGAGUGACCCUGGUACCACCUACCGUACACGAGAGGAAAUCCAGCGCAUGCGUUCGACCAACGACCCCAUUGCAGGCCUCAAGCAGAAGAUGCUCGAAUGGGAGGUCGUCACCGAGGACGAGCUCAAGAACAUUGACAAGGAGGCCCGUGCCAACGUCGACGCCGAGGUCGCUGAGGCUGAGCAGAUGCCCAUCCCUGAACCUACCCCCCAGAUCCUCUACGAGGACAUCUACGUCCGUGGCUCUGAGCCCAACUUUAUGCGUGGCCGUGUUCCCGAGGAGAACUACUACUACCACGCUCAGAACUAA